AUGGACACACCCAAGGCCGCACCCAAGUACACGACCGUAGGUUCUAUUUGCAAGACAAACACCGCUCCGCUCCAGGCCCCUGCCCGUCGAGGUCGGACGGUCAAGGCGCCGCUGCACUCCGACAUUGUCACUUUCCAGGGACCCUCGUCUGCUUGGUCCUUUGGUCUGGCCGUACAGUCUCGCUCCCCGCCGCCUUCGGCAGGCCAGCCUCUGCACUACUCCCCUUUGCAGCAGAACUACGAUCGUGCUGUCAGUCCGGCCGUUAGUCAUGCCAGUGCUGGGCCUGACGACAUGUCGCGUACCAGCCUGCUCUCUGCUGAUGCAGCAAACGCCGGCAAACACGACGAUGCAAACAUAUCGACCGAUGUACAAGUCGACGACAACGGCACUCCCAAUGAGAAUGACACGCUGAGGCAGAUGUCGGUCAAGACUCUCACCAACCUGGCAUCUUACCCGAAUCCUGAGCAGAAGAACGCUCAGAAGAUGCUGCAGAGAGCACGUACCCUCCCGCUCCCUGAUCAGUCCCAGCCCGUCAAUUUGUCAUUCGAGUCAUUCCCACAGAAACACGACCCAAGAAUGGCAGCACCACAACUUCUGCCACUGACUGCCGGUCCUCCAGGUCUUCGCCAACAGAAGUCUCUCACCAUCGGACCCUCUUCGACCGAUCGCCAGAGAACGACUGUUCAUACAGAUAUGUCUGCCGCUCAGGUGAACAUCUUCCGCACGGCAUCUGCACAGUCGCAGUACGCGGCCACUCGAGAGCCACCUCCCGAGCCCGCGCCUUCAUCCACAUCUGUCAAAGCUGCCAUGAGCAAUCAAUCCAAGAUGUCAGAUACCUUGACAGCUGACGAAGCCCUACAGUAUUUCCCAAACGGCUUGCCCAGCAAUUUCGACUACACGACCAACUAUUCCAAGGUCGCCCCUGAUGAGUCCUACCUUGAAGAGUCGGGGCUCUGGGAGAAGCGUCCUCAGGAAGAUCUACUGACGCACCGUGCUCGCAUUGAUGAGCUUUUCCAUGCCGGAAAUAGCAUGCUCUACAAGACAAUCGAUCAAGCCAUCACCGAAAAGAAUCACAGGGAUUUUCAGAACACUAUGGGCAUCGAUACUACCAAUGACGAGGGAUCAAAACGAAAGGCCAGACCCGCCAACCCGAAGCUUUCUAUCGAGGAUGCCAUUGCCAGACCUGCCAGCGACCAUGCCGCACCUUUGCUGAGUAUGGUCUUCCAGACCCUGAUCAAUCACCCCGAGUUUGCUCAAUUCUCAACCCUCCCUAAGUUCCAUUACAAAGACUACUGA